UGAGCAUCCAUCCCACCCCCUCCGCCCCUUCAAGGACAGAAACGUCACGACACCGUGAUCGCCGCCCACCAUGGCUUCCGAUGAGAUUGUUUGGCAAUACAUCAACCAAAAUUUCUGCGCAUUCAAGAUACGGACGCCCAACAACCAGAAGCAGACCAACUUUUGCCGCAACGAGUACAAUGUCACCGGACUCUGCAACCGACAAUCCUGCCCUCUGGCGAACAGUCGAUAUGCCUCUGUCAGGCCCCACCCGGACAAGCCCAACGUUCUCUACCUUUACAUGAAGACCGUCGAACGUGCGCACAUGCCGAACCGCUUGUGGGAGAAGAUACGGUUGCCGGCCAACCCACAGGAAGCGCUGGCGAUGGUUGACGAGAAAUUGAUGUACUGGCCGGAUUUUCUCAGACUAAAAGCCAAACAACGAGUGUGGCGUCUCAACCGUGUGGCGACCCGUAUGCGAAAACUGGCCGCCGAGGAAGAGCGUCUUGGAGAGAAGCUUGUGCCCAAGCUUGCACCCAAGGUUAAGCACCGUGAAACCGCUCGUGAGCGCAAAGCAGAGGCGGCUGCCAGGCUGGAGAAGACCAUCGAGAGGGAACUUCUGGAGAGACUACGACAGGGAGCCUACGGCGACCAACCUUUGAAUGUGUCACAAAAGAUUUGGGAGAAGGUCCUCAAGGGUCUCGAGAAGGAGGGCCAGGGCGUCCGCGACGAGGACCUGGACGAGGGUGUCGAGGAUGACGAGGAGGAAGACUUCGAGAAGGAGGUCGAGGAGGAGGAUGACGAGCUCGAGGGCAACGUCGAGUAUGUCAGUGAUGUCGAAGAGAGCGACGAGGACCUGGCCGAUCUUGAAGACUGGAUGGCCAGCGAAGACGACGAUGAUUCCGAGGAGGACGACUCUGAGGAGGACAGCGAGGAAGAAGCGGGCAAGGCAGGCAAGGCCAAGGCUGGUGACAAGCGCAAGAAGGCCGCCAAGAAGGUCCUGAAGGGCAGGAAGAAGACCAAGGAGCAGGAGCUGGAGGAGGAGACGAGCAGAGAGAAGUUGCUCGCUUUCUAGUGGCACAGUCCGGCAAGGCGUUAAAGGAACAGGAAAAUCGGCGUGUCUUGCAGUUGGGGAAAUUGAACUGGUUGGUGUUCGAUCUUCUUUUGGCCCGGGCCCCUUGAACGGCGGAGGAGGGGGGGCGGUUCAUUGCAUUGGUCAUUUCCCCGGGGCUGAGACGACGGAGGGAGGAGAGCCAUGGAGUCAUUUCCCCGCGAUGUCCUUGAGGUGACCCCUCAAGCUUUUCACUGUCAUUGUCAGUAUCGGGUGGCAACAGAGAGGCUGCUGAACUGGUCUGGAUGGAUGCGAGGAAGCCAUGUGAGAUACCCUCAGCAUGCAGCGUACAAUUUCAAUAUUUAAUGAUCUCCAUGAUA